AUGAGUAUUGUUGAUAUAUCAGAAAAGAAUGGUACAGAAAUUGACGAGUUCACCGAGAAUGGGAACAAGACCAAGAAUGGGGAAUUGUACGAAGCGGAUGUUAUUGCCCUUGCCACGGGUUUUGUUAUCACCACCGGGGGAAUGACAAACAUGGGCCUGAAGAGUGUCCACGGAACGUACCUCAACGACGAAUGGAAGUCUUCGGCAAAUACAUACCUCGGCAUAACUAUUAGCAGAUAUCCUAAUAUGUUCCAUCUUUAUGGCCCCCGUGGCCCUACUUUGUAUCCAACGGGCCGAGCAGCGUGGAAGUCCAAGGCCGCUGGAUUCGUGAUGCAAUAA